AUUGUGUCCCGCCCACGCUGUUAAACCAAUGCGAGGAGUGACGAAGAUGCCAGAUACAGUUGAUGUUGCUAACAAAUAAGAAAAAAAUUCAUGUAUUUUCCUCGUGAUAUCCUCGCGGUAAGCUAACGUUAAAUAAACAACGCAGGAAGCGACCAAAUCAUGGCUACCGUAGAUUCUCUUGUGAGCUUGUGUGCUUUUUGUGUUGCUCGACGAUGUGAGAAGUAUGAUGAGAUCAGGAUGUUACCUGCUGCCCUUAAAGACAGAAUAUUACGUAAAAAGAUGUCGUGUGGCACGGUCACCGACUCCAACAUCAGCCAGCUCGUGCACGCUGGAACUCACACACUGGAUCUGCAGAACUGCGUGGUGUCAGACUCAGCGCUUAAACAAAUCAACUGUCUGCAGUUGAGGGAAAUACUGUUAGAAGACUGUGCAGAAAUCACAUCUGAGGGUGUAGAGGUGUUGGCGUCCCGCUGCCCCUGUCUUCAAGUAGUUGAUCUCACAGGCUGUACGGCUGUGACAGAUUCAGGCAUUCAGGCUCUUGCUCUACACUGCAAAAGUUUAAAAGUGAUUUCGCUCUCUGGCUGCAUUGCUCUCAGUGAUCAAGCCCUGCUGGAGCUGGGGACGAACUGCAGGAGGCUGUACAGCAUUUACUUUUCUGGGACAAAUGUAACUGAUCAAGGGGUCAUUGGACUUGCGACAGGAGUUUGUUCACGUAGCUUAAAGGAGUUACAGAUGGCACGAUGUCGCAAUUUGACUGAUCUGGCUGUGACUGCUGUUCUUGCAAACUGUGCAAACAUCAGAAUUUUCAAUUUCCAUGGAUGUCCCCUGAUGACAGGUAAGUCGAGGGAGGCACUACAAAACCUUAUUGGCCCCGGCAAGAUCCAACAAGUUUCUUGGACUGUGUAUUGAUGCGAUUAACUGAACUGAUCUACAGCACACCAACUUUAUUCUCAUACAUGUAAUGCACACAUCCAGGAAGAUAAACAUCAUCCUUUUGAAAUUCACUAAAUUGUCAAUGUUUGAGGUAUAAAAAAAGAAGAUAAAAUGUAAUUAACUUUAAUUAACUGUAAUUAACUUAAAAUAUAUAAUUAUUAUGUAAGAAUGUUUUGUUUACUGAUUGUAAAAUAAAUUGUAAAGCAACCAUUGACGUUGGUUGUCAACUUUUAUUUACCAUUACUAGAAUGAGACUGAAGUCUGAAUUUGACAAAAUCCAUUAUGCUGGUGUUGUGAGGAUUAUUUAAUUAGUUUGUGCUUAGAUCAUUCAGGGUAGUUAGCUGCUCUUUUUUGCGUUCUGUGAAGAAGAAAUUGUUUGCUCUUUUUCUGCAAAGAACGUGAUUUAUUCAAAUAAAAUGAGGAACUGCUACUGUCAACCACAUGAUAAAAUAAAAUUAAGAGUCAUUUGAAAGAGGUGACUGAAAACCAUAGCAUACUUUUUGGUCAGAAUUUCAAUUCAGAGGUUCAAUUUGAUUCAUGCAGCUGUCUUGAGUGUUGUACUUUUUUGGAUUUUUUCAUUAUAAUUUUUUUCAUCAUUGCAAAAAGAACUACUUCAUCCCUCUGAAAAUGUAAGGUGUUUUUA